UUGAAAUUAAUCACCCAUCACCCGUAAAAUCAUAAGCCAAGAAUCGAUUCUUGAUUAAUUUCGGAAGGUUAAGGUCGACUCCGAAAAAUCGAUUGUUUUAUUUGAAAAUUGUUUCUCGAGUAGAAUCGGAAUCGAGUUUGCCAUUCCUAAUUCGACAAUUGAGGAAAAUAUUGCAUAUGAUUUACUAAAAUGACAAUGCGUACAAGUAGUUUAAAUAUAUUUGAUUUCUAUGAUCAUGAUGAUCCUUUCUUGGAAUAUGUACUGGAAAAUGUUAUUAGCGAUCAAAGAAUGGAUAACAAAGAGUGUGAGAACCUGCAGAGGGAAUAUAAUUCCAUUCUCCUGAAUGGGUGUGAUUGCAAUAGUGCUCCAUGCCUUGAUUGUCAUGGGAGGAACUAUAAGUGGCUUUCAGAAACAAAAGAGCUGGUUUUAGAUAUAGACAACAGUGCAGAUCUUAUUUACGAGUGUAGUUCGUCUUGUAAAUGCGAACCUUUGAAAUGUACUAAUCGACUAGUUCAAAAGGGUCCCAGAGCAAACUUGAAAAUAGUACAUUCUCAUCUAUUUAAAUCCAAGGGGUUAAUUUCAAAUGAACAUAUACCCAAAGGAGCGUUUAUUUGUGAAUAUGCAGGAGAAAUAAUUUCCCGUAAAGAAGCCCACAAUCGUUUAAAGAGAUAUGAACAAACUCUUGAUAAUAAUUACAUUUUAUUUAUGAAGGAAAGAAUCAAAGAAAGGCAUGAGAAAUCUACCAUUACAACAAUUAUUGACCCAACCAAAAGAGGCAAUAUUGGACGAUACAUAAAUCAUAGUUGCGAUCCCAAUUGUGAUGUACGUUCUGUACGGAUUGAUUGCCCCAUUCCGAAAAUAGCCAUAUUUGCAAAACGAGACAUAAACGCUGGAGAAGAGCUCUGUUUCCAUUAUAACGGGGGGGACGAAUUUAUGUUAACAACACAAGGACGUAUCUGCCUGUGUCAAAGUGGUAAUUGUACAGGAUAUUUGCCCUAUGCUCCAUACUGAAAAAAUUUAUAUAUAUAGUUAAAUGUGGCAUUAAAGCUUUUCUAAAAUAAAAUUUUACAAACUGUU